AGAAAAAUGCAGAAAGAUCGCAACUCGGCGUCGCACGUCGAAAAUGCAGUGGAGCUCAACGAUGACCCCAAGAAAGCUACAUAUGAUACCUCCCGAAUCGAUGGCGAGAUCCAACAGUAUCUAUCAGAGUUACCCAGAGCCAUUGACGAGGAGACUGAUCGGACGCUCAAACGAAAGAUAGAUUAUCGCGUCUUGACCAUCAUGAUGGGUACAUACUUCCUCCAGGCCCUUGACAAGGGCACUCUGGGCUCUACAUCAAUCAUGGGCUUGCCUCAGGAUGCCGGACUGGCUGGUCAACAGUAUUCAUGGCUCAGCACAUGUAUCUACAUAGCAGUCUUCAUGGUCGAAUACCCAACCAACUGGCUCAUCCAGCGCCUCCCUGCAGCCAAAUACCUCGGCAUCAACGUUGUCCUCUGGGGAAUCGUUCUCGCUCUGCACGCCGUAGGCAAGAACUUCAUCAGCCUAGUCGCCUUGCGCACUUUGCUCGGUAUAUUCGAAGCGUGCUGCCAGCCGCUCCUCCUCCUCAUGUCCAGCAUGUGGUACAAGCGGUCCGAGCAGGGCUCGAUUAUCGUAUACUGGUACAUGAUGACCGGUGUACAGAGCAUUGUGGGCGGUCUCCUAGCAUACGCCUUCAGCCUUAUCGGCAACACCGGGGUCCUCAGAUCCUACGAGGCACUGUUCGUCACCUACGGCGCCGUGUCGGUGCUCUGGGGCGUCAUUAUCAUCACAUGGAUGCCUGACUCGCCGAUGCCCGCGAAAUGCUUCACCGAGGAGGAGAAGAUCCUGAUGAUUGAGCGUGUGCGGGCGAACCAAACCGGUCUGCAGAAUAAAAAGUUCCGAGUAUACCAGGUUUGGGAGGCGUUUCGAGAUCCCCAAGUUUAUUGCUAUAUUUUGCUGCAGAUUUGUACGACAUUGCCGACAAACGGGCUCUCGACUUUUGUCAAUAUCGUCAUCAACAGCUUUGAUUUUAGUGUUCUGCAUACCCAGCUUCUCGCGAUGGUCUUCGGCGUUUAUAUCACGCUGGUGCUGCUCUUGUCGGCGUGGUUGGUUCGCAAAUUCGACCAGACGUUGUUGGUUAUGGCAGGGUUUGUUCUUCCAUCCUUCGCCGGAACCGCCGUCCUAAUGACCGUGCAAAACAACACCCCCCAGAACCGCAUCGGCCUAUUAAUAAGCUACUACAUCGCGAUGUCGUUCUUCGCAGCCCAAACACUCAGCCUGUCACUCGUCUCACGAAAUGUCGCAGGGCAAACAAAAAAGGCGGUCGUGGUCGCUGCCAAUUUCUGCGCAUGGGCCGUCGGGAACGCCGUCGGUCCGCAGGUGUUCUUCUCCUGGGAUGCACCGCGGUAUAGGGUAGCAUUUAGUGUACACCUAGGGUGUUAUUCCAUGCUUAUGUGUAUAUUGAUCUUCUUAAGGGUUUGGUUCGUGACGCAGAAUCGGAGACGCGAUAGAGCGCAGGGUGCAACGGAGGAGGAUUUGUCGGCCGCGUUUGAGGAUCGGACGGAUAUGGAGAAUGAGGGGUUUAGGUAUAUGUAUUAG